GGCGGCGGCGGCGGCAUCUACAUGCUUGGUCGUGGAAGUGACGAGAACCGCCCUGACGCGACAAACCGGGUUGAUCGAAUUAACCUCCUGCAUGGUAGCGUCUCCAGCGUACCUUCGAUGACACUGCCCCGACGACGACGACGACGUCCAUCUGUUGCCGCAACUGACGGACACCUUCUGGUCGUUGGUGGAGAUAACGGUUUGUGA